AUGGAAGUCGGGGCCGGCAUCCAAGUCUCGCCGAAUAUGCUACGCCUAUUUGAUCGAUGGGGUGUUUCAGAACUCAUCCACGCCCAAGACGUAGCCUUGGAGCAUAUCCAUGUCCGAAGAUGGGACAAUGGCAAGCUUCUGGGCACAGUGCCUGUGAACAAGACCUUCGGCCAACAAGUAGUCAUUCACCGCGCGGAUUUACACAACGCAAUCAUUGACCGGGCACUCGCCCUGCCCAAUGUCGAGUUACGGGAGAACUCCCCCGUGACAGGUGUUUCAUUCAGUCCUGCCAGUGUCACGCUCGCAAAUGGCGAUAUCGUCCGUGGAGACGUGGUGGUUGGUGCGGACGGGAUCAAAUCCACGAUUCGAAGCCACUUGCUGGAAGACUCGACUAUCAAGGCUGUCGCUACAGGCGAUGCAGCAUACAGGAUCAUGCUCCCUCGCGAGGUCAUGGAAAAAGACUCCGAAUUGAAAGCUCUCAUCGACGAGCCGCAGGCGACUCGUUGGCUUGGUCCUGGGCGCCAUAUUAUCGCGUACCCGGUACGCAAGCAUGAGCUUUACAACGUUGUAUUGCUUCACCCCGAUAGCCAUGGUGUAGAUGAAUCAUGGACAACAAAGGGUUCGAAGCAAGAGGUCGUUGAGAAUUAUGAUGGGUGGGACAGCACAGUACGCAAGCUGAUCGAGUUGGUUGAUGACAACGAAGUUUUGGAAUGGAAGCUAUGUCUGCAUCAUCCCCUGUCGACCUGGAUUCGGGGAUCAGUGGCUCUAAUCGGCGAUGCGUGUCAUCCCAUGCUGCCAUAUGUAGCCCAAGGUGCCGCACAGGCUGUCGAGGACGCAGCCGCGCUGGGUGUUGUUUUAUCGGCUAUUUCUUCUCGCGAAGAAAUCCCACUCGCGUUGAACGCCUAUGAAAAGUCCCGAAAGGAGCGUGCUGAAACGGUCCAGCAAUCUGGGUCUGAGAAUCGUAUCACGUUACACCUCCCAGAUGGACCUGAGCAAAUUGCCCGGGAUGCACAGUUCCAGGCUUCGGCCAGUGGAAAUAACCCGGAUAAAUGGUCUGAUUUGAGGACACAGGAGUUCCUUUGGGGUUGGGAUGCAGAGAAGGCUGCCUUGGACACUUGGAAUGGGAGUCCUCCCAAAGUCAAUGCAAAUCUAUAA